CAGACCGGGCGGGCUGUUUAAUAAUAAACCAUGGCGCCUCGAGAACUGCAGCUGAGUUAUAAUCAAAUAUAAAUAAAGAUCUCCAGCUUUUUAUCAUGAAGACUUAACAUAUUUAAACAGCUUAUCUGCUCAUCGAAAAUCCACGGACCAUUUAAACUUCUGAACGGAGAGUUUUCGAGAUAAAUCAGCGUUAAUUUCAGCAGCUCGCAGCUCUCCUACUAUAAGUUUACCUGCCUUAAAUCCUAAACCUUAAACCCUAAACAGAACUAAACUCUCUGACCCGCAGCAGCGAUGAGGAGAAGUCUUGCACCGAGUCAGCUUGCCAAAAGAAAACACAGAGAGGAUUCAGGAUCUGAAGAUGAGGACUGGAAUCCUGACACUCCGAUUAAAAGGAAGAAAGGGGAGAAAGACUGCAGAGAAAGCUACAUAUCUCCAUACAGGAAGCCUCUCACACAGCUCACAAACCGCCCUGUGUGUGUGGACAGCAACGCACAUGAAGCUUUUAUUCGAAGUAUUCUUUCAAGACCGUUCAAGAUUCCCAUUCCUAAUUACACAGGGUCGUUGGGAUUACGGGCUCUGGGUUUAAAAAAGGCUGGUGUGAGAAAGGCUCUACAUGACCCAUUUGAAGAUGGAGCACUGGUUCUUUAUGAACCGCCUGUUAUAAGUGCCCAUGAGCUCAUUAAAGCAGACAAGGACAAGGUGCCUGUACAUGUUGUUGUGGAUCCAGUUCUCAGUAAAGUUUUACGCCCCCAUCAAAGAGAGGGUGUGAAGUUUUUGUGGGAGUGUGUGACGGGCCGGAGGAUUCCGGACUCGUACGGCUGCAUCAUGGCAGAUGAGAUGGGUUUGGGGAAGACUCUGCAGUGCAUCACCCUGGUGUGGACCCUGCUCAGACAGAGCCCUGAUUUUAAACCUGAGAUUGACAAAGCCAUCGUGGUUUCUCCAUCCAGCUUGGUCAGGAACUGGUACAACGAAGUGGCGAAGUGGCUAGGGGGCCGAGUGCAACCUGUGGCUAUCGAUGGGGGCUCCAAAGAGGAAAUAGACCGGAAGCUUGUAAACUUCAUUUCCCAGCAUGGCUUGAGGGUCCCGACUCCAAUUUUGAUCAUUUCAUAUGAAACGUUUCGGCUUCACGCUGAGGUCCUACACAAAGGCAAAGUUGGACUGGUCAUUUGUGAUGAGGGUCACAGGUUAAAAAACUCAGAUAAUCAGACGUACCAGGCUCUGAAUGCAAUGAACGCUCAGCGCAGAGUCCUCAUCUCUGGCACUCCGAUUCAGAACGAUCUGCUGGAAUACUUCAGUCUGGUGCACUUUGUGAAUGCUGGUAUUCUUGGCACAGCUCAGGAGUUUAAGAAGCGUUUUGAGAUUCCCAUACUGAAGGGUCGUGAUGCAGACGCCAGUGAUAAGGACCGAGCUGUUGGGGAGGAGAAACUGAAAGAGCUGAUCAGCGUUGUGAACAGGUGUUUGAUCCGAAGGACCUCAGACAUCCUUUCCAAGUAUCUUCCUGUGAAGAUUGAGCAAGUUGUUUGCUGCAGGCUGACUCCUCUGCAGAAGGAGCUGUAUAAACUGUUCCUGAAGCAGGCCAAGCCUGUGGAGAGUCUGCAGCAGGGCAAGAUCAGCGUGUCCUCUCUGUCCUCCAUCACCUCGCUUAAAAAACUCUGUAACCACCCUUCACUGAUCUAUGAGAAGUGUGUGGAUGGAGAGGAAGGCUUUGCUGGAGCGAUGGAUCUGUUCCCUCCGGGUUACUCUACUAAAGGUGUAGAGCCACAGCUCUCAGGGAAAAUGUUGGUGCUGGAUUAUAUUCUAGCCAUGACCAGAAGCACCACCAGUGAUAAAGUGGUGCUGGUCUCCAACUACACACAGACUCUGGACCUUUUCGAAAAACUGUGUCGCACGCGGAAGUAUCUGUAUGUGAGACUUGAUGGAACUAUGUCUAUUAAGAAGAGAGCGAAGAUCGUUGAAAGAUUUAAUAGCCCCUCCAAUCCAGAGUUUAUCUUCAUGUUGAGCAGCAAAGCAGGAGGGUGUGGCCUGAAUUUGAUUGGAGCAAAUCGGCUAGUGAUGUUUGACCCGGAUUGGAAUCCAGCCAAUGACGAGCAGGCGAUGGCGAGAGUGUGGCGAGAUGGCCAGAGGAAGACGUGCUACAUUUACAGACUGCUAUCGACUGGGACCAUUGAGGAAAAGAUCCUGCAGAGACAGGCUCAUAAGAAGGCUCUGAGCAGCUGUGUGGUGGAUGAGGAGCAGGAUGUAGAGAGGCAUUUCUCUCUGGGGGAACUGAGGGAACUGUUCGCCCUGAAUGAAGAGACUCUCAGCGACACUCACGACCGGUUCCGUUGUCGGCGGUGCGUAAACGGCCGACAGGUUCGGCCCCCUCCGGAGGAUUCAGACUGCACCAGUGAUCUGUCCUGCUGGCAGCACUGCGCAGACAAACGAGGGCUGAAGGAUCCUGUACUCCAGGCCAGUUGGGACGCUGCCGUCUCCUUCGUCUUCCACCAGCGCUCUCACGAAGACCAGAGAGGAGCUGUCUGAACAAACACACCCAAAAACACUCCACACAGCAAUUUAAAAUGGACAAAAAAAAAAUGAUGCUCAGCUGGUUUAUUACAGCUGGAAUGAUCAGACCUGAGGAGUGUGAACAAAGACUCUUUCUGUACAUUUCUGUAUAUAUUUCUGUAUUCCUUUUUUUCCUGUAAAAAUUGCAUUUAUUUAUUUACUUUCAUUGUGUAAUUAUGCAAAAAUCCAUACUUCCAGUAAAAUAAAUAAAAAUCCUAAUAAAAGUAAUGUAAGGGAAAAUGCCAUUAAAGGACAGGAACCUACAGUG